CGUCUAAACCGUUUUUGCGCACGCGUAGCAGGUUGUUCAAAAUUUCAACGGGGUGGAUCAAAUUCUGUCAAAGCGUACCGGGUUUUUCACCGAAUUUUUCGAGAUCGAAGCUUCAAAAUUGUAGUUCAUCCAGUGGAAAGCACUCAAAAUGGAUGCCUGUACACUAAAAGUCGGCAUGAAUGUGGACAUUCAGCGAAGUGAUGGCCGGGUCCACUCAGCGUGCAUCAGCGGAAUCAGCAAAGCUACAGACAGUGUCACUGUCGAGUGGUUUGAACGUGGAGAGACAAAAGGGAAAGAGGUGGAGAUAUCCCAGGUCUAUGCACUCAACCCAGAGCUGGGCCCUGAUAUGGUGCCAGAUGCCCCCAUACCCCACACCAAACCCCCACCCGCAGCCCCUAGCAAUCGCCCUAGGCCCAGUAGCGCCAGAAUGCCGUUAUCCAAUGUACAGCAACCACAGCAAAUAGCUAAACCAGCCAGAGAACAGAAUAGAGUAUCAUCAGCCAGGGUUGGUCGGCCAAGCGUCUUGAAUGCUGCAGAGAAUGGGGCCGUCAACCAUCACUCCCCAGCCCCUGCUGGCCCUGUGCAGAACCUGCAGAAACAAGCCCCAACUGCUGCUUCUCGUCGAAGGUCCAACGUUGUCAAGGAGGUAGACAAGAUUAAAAGAAACAGGGAGGAGAGACGAGCCAAGCAAGCUGAACAGGCUCAACAACGGAAUCAGGAUGUUGACGGCAGUCACCCACAAUAUGAGUUCAUCCGAAUGAUCCGAGAGUACCAGGAGGAUUUGGAUUUUCGUCCAGUCACCAGUAACGACAUGGUGGAGGACCAUCAAAUCACUGUUUGCGUCAGGAAAAGGCCCCUGAAUAAAAAAGAGAUCAACAAGCGAGACGUGGAUGUGGUUACGAUACCAUCCAAAGACUCGGUUAUACUUCAUGAACCUAAACUUAAAGUUGACCUGACCAAGUACUUGGAGAACCAGAAUUUCCACUUUGACUAUGGCUUUGACGAGCAUGCUACCAAUGAUCUGGUUUACAAAUUCACGGCCAAGAAGUUGGUAGAAACGAUAUUCAACAAGGGUAUGGCCACAUGCUUUGCAUAUGGGCAAACUGGUAGCGGGAAAACACAUACCAUGGGAGGUAAUUUCAACGGCAAGAACCAGGACGUGACUAAGGGAAUCUAUGCAUUAGCAGCGGCGGAUGUCUUCAAGCUGUACAACAAAGCGGAAAACAGAAAGAAAGAUUUGGUGAUCGGCUGUAGCUUCUUUGAGAUCUACAGUGGCAAGGUGUUUGACUUGCUGAACAAGAAGGCCAAACUGAAAGUUCUUGAGGAUCGGAACCAGGUUGUGAAUGUGGUGGGUCUGGAAGAGAAAGCAGUCUCCUCCGUGGAUGAUGUCUUACGCCUCAUAACACAGGGAAACAAUGUCAGGACAUCGGGGCAGACCUCAGCUAACAACCAUUCUUCAAGAUCCCAUGCUGUAUUCCAGAUCAUCCUACGGACGAAGAAAGCUCGCAGACUUUACGGCAAAUUCUCCCUCAUAGAUCUUGCUGGUAACGAGCGAGGCAAGGACACACAGAGUGCUAACCGCCAGACACGCAUGGAAGGAGCAGAGAUUAAUAAGAGUCUGCUUGCCCUCAAGGAGUGCAUCCGAUCCCUAAGUCAGAGGGGCGCUCAUGUCCCGUUCAGAGCGAGUAAACUCACUCAAGUACUCAGGGAUUCCUUCAUUGGUGAUAAGGCCAAAACCUGUAUGAUUGCAAUGAUAUCACCAGGCAUGAGUUCAUGUGAACACACACUCAACACGCUACGUUAUGCAGACAGGGUUAAAGAGCUAGGUCCAGGGGGCAGCCCAGGGGCUGGUGACUACCCAGGAGACAUCAAUGCCUUACCAUCUAGUCCUGAGAAGCUCCCUGAGUGCCUAUCACCUAGUAAUAGUGACUUGGCUAUGCUCUGCACACACAAUGAGGAGGAAGUCUCAGCGGAGAUGUUUACCUUUCAUGAAGUGAUGAACCAACUCCAGGAGAUGGAGGAACUAAUUGUUGAUGAUCAUCGUAUAUGCCUAGAGGAAACCCAGCAACUAGCAGCUGAAGAAGUCCGGUUGAUUGAGAUGACUGAUGAAGUGGAUUAUGACAUAGAAGAUUACGUGGCCAAGCUGGAUGAGAUCCUGACCAAGAAGAUUGACAUGAUAAGCCAGCUCCGAGACAAGGUCAGCAACUUCCGCGGUCAGCUCCAGGAAGAAGAGAAAGCUAGUAAGAACAUCAAGAGACCCCCUGCACCAUGAGAUGAAGACACUCUCCAGUCCCUGCCUAACUCCCCCUCCCCACCCCGCCCCACCCCACCCCACUCCAUCCUAAACAUGCCAGUCAGAGCUCUGCACAGCAGACUUUUAGUUCUUUAACACUGACCCGUUAGCACUUGUACAAGUUGUACUACAUUGUAUCACAUUGUAUUUCUUCCCUGAUGAAGCCACAAACCACAGAGUGGUGGGGCGGUUUUAGGCGGUACCCGGAGUAACCGGCAGGGCAGUUUUUGGCAGUACAGGGAGUACUGGGUGAAAGGCAAGUUGUGACUUGUUGCCCUUUGAAGAUGGUCAAUGCACACAAUCGCUGCAUUGUAGCCUACUACUUUUUAAAGAAUAUAUAAGUACCAAGAUAUUUGGAUUGUAAGUGCUUAGGGAAGUACUUUAAAAGUACUCUAGUACAAGAACUAAAAUGUGUUUGUUAAAUGGAAGAAAAAGCCUAGAAUACAAGUUGAAGUACUUAAUGUAUGUACAUGUAAUAGUACAAUCACAAAACAUCCUGAAGCAAAAAUGCUGUGUCAAGUGCUUUUGAAUAUUUGUCUGGAUCUGAGUUCCCAAUAGAGUACCGAAGUGAAUACAUCAUGCGCACAAUUAUGUGUGUAAAAGACAUUAGCGUGUGAUUCA